AUGUGUGUUGUUUUCCUCACUAUUCUGCUUUCCAUCAUCACCACUAGUCCUCUAGCCCAUGCUCAAUUCGGUCUUGGUGGUAUUUUUAAUCCCAUUCUUGGCCGACCCAUUGUACCACCCGUUGGUGGUCAAGUACCACCCAUUGGUGUUGGCCAAUUACCCAUUCCCAAUUUUCUUGGUCCUCUUGUUGGUCCCAUUCUUGGUCCCAUUGCUGGUCCCAUUCUUGGUCCCAUUCUUGGCCAACCCAUUAGACCACCCGUUGGUCAAGUACCACCGAUUGUACCACCGGUUGGUCAAGUACCACCCAUUGUACCACCGGUUGGUCAAGUACCACCGAUUGUACCACCCGUUGGUCAAGUACCACCCAUUGUACCACCCGUUGGUGGGCAAAUAGUUAAUAUAACUAUAGUGGGGAGUUUGUCUUGCUCCGUGCCGGGAAGUAAUGUCCCAGGCCCCGGAGUCAGUGGAGUAAAUGUGACGAUUAUUUGUGGCAACACAACCAUUGCUCAAGCGUCCACAAAUAGUCAAGGCAUUAUUAAUGUUUCAGUGAUGACCACUACAAGUGUUUUGUCAGGAAAUACAUGUAUUGCAAGGAUUCCUCUCCCAAUUGCUAAUUGUACUUUGACUCCCAACACAGGAACCCUUGUAGCUCCCGUCAUCCUUAUUGGAAACUUAAUUCAGGAUUUGGUUGGUCUAACUUUCGCAGCAAUUUUCGGGAUACUUUCUUCUCUAGCAACAGUCACUUUGAGUUGA